UCUGGAUCGGCUCUUAAAGGAGAAGUGUCCCAUUCAGGCCUAGUCUCGGUCAAAUAAUUAUCAGGUAUGCUAUACCUUUAAGAAGGAAAUAACGUCGCGUGUUUGUAAAAAAUUAUAAUUCUCAUGGAACAUAAGUUUUUUUUUGUUAAUUAGCUGGUUAAUUAAAUGAUUCUAUUAUGGCCGAAAACCGAGCUUAGCCUAACUAGCGAAACUUGGUGCGGCCGAGGCCUCCUUCUGCGUUGGAGUUAAAUCCUCUAUAUUCAUAUCACGCUAGCCCGAGCUAAUACCUAAGUCUGCAAGGGUCACAGCGACAUGGAGUUUGGGGGAGACGGGGUUUUAGGUGUCCGCCUUGCGACUGAGGGGAAUGCAGACUCAACGGCGGCCGCGGAAACAUCCCCGGACUCGACUGAACCGACCAGCGGGAGGAGAAGAAGCGAGAGGCGGGUAAAGGCUGCAGUGACCCCCGGGCGCCCAGGCGACUCUCGUGGUCCUAAUGCCAGGGCUCCUGUGCGUGUUUUGAGAGCCAGGGGAGCGGAUGCUGGCAGGGCUACCGAGUCCAAGAUAACAUCUGCAAGUCUGCAUCCUGCACGCGGCAGACCUGCAAAACCGCGCGUUAAAAUCGCACCUGUCAUGCAAAAUGCCAUAAAUAAAUCCACAGCAAAUAAAGCAUCCAAGCACACUCUCGGACCAAAGCUGUCCAAAGCUAGGAAGGGAAGGGGGAGACCUACAACCACAGACGCAACGACGUGUAAGCCUGAGACGGAGACCGAAGAUUUGUCGUGUGGAGAGGACACCGGUGCUGUGAAAGCAAACGCAGACAACGUUGCAGAUCCAGACGUGGCCCCGGAUGAGGACCUUCCAUUAGAGGAAGACUCGAAGGACCUCGUCUCCAAGUCUGAUGCAAAAAAGGAGAAACCAAAGCGCCGCGGAACACUUAGAAGAAAGGAGAUCAAGAAGGAGGAGGACGAGAAUGGCACGAAAAAGGAAGAACCAGCCCCGAUUGAUGGGCAGAAUGAAGAUGGUGCGGAGCCAAGUAGGAAACGAGGUAAACGAGGCGACAAAGGCCCCCGGCAGCCGAAACGAAGGAAAAAGCCACCGGUGCAGUACGUCCGCUGUGAAAUGGAAGGCUGCGACACUGUCUUAGCUCACCCACGGUAUCUACAGCAUCACAUAAAAUACCAGCACUUGCUAAAAAAGAAGUAUGUGUGCGACCACCCUUCAUGUGGACGCCUGUUCCGUCUGCAGAAGCAGCUGUUGCGCCACGCAAAACACCACACAGAUCAGAGGGACUACAUCUGUGAGUACUGCGCUCGUGCCUUCAAGAGCUCACAUAACCUGGCAGUGCACCGGAUGAUUCACACUGGAGAGAAGCCAAUACAGUGUGAGAUCUGUGGCUUCACCUGCCGACAGAAGGCCUCUUUGAACUGGCACAUGAAGAAGCAUGAUGCGGAAGCCUCCUACCAGUUCUCUUGCUCGAUUUGUGGCAAAAAGUUUGAGAAAAAGGACUCGGUUGUCGCCCACAAGGCCAAGAGCCACCCUGAGGUGCUCAUAGCCGAAGCUUUAGCAGCUAAUGGGGGCUCUGUGAUAAGCAGUCCCAUCCCGGUCCUCGAGACUGCCCCGGUGGUCAGCCAGCACGAGGAGCCCUCCGUCAGCCGGGAGAGCGUAGAUAGUCGGGGGUGUCAGGAAUCGGAGGGUGGUUUGCUCACUCCGCUGCAGCAGGUGGUGCUGCCGCUGGCUCCACAGACGCAGAUGGAUGCGUCUCAAAAUCAGUUCCUGCAGCUUCCCACGUGUCACGUGGUGCAGGUGGCACAACAGCAGCAGCAGCAAGCCCCGACCUUGCUGCACCUCACCCCCGCUGCCCCCGUCCACCUCGCCGCCACCGGCCACCCUCAGCUCAUCCAGCUCUCCGCCCUUCCUUCCAGCACGUCCGUGGUCUCUGCCGACUCCCUCCUCACGCUGAGCUCCGUCCCCGCGCUGGCGUCCGCAACGUGCCCGGCCCCCCAGCACGCCGCGCAGUGGGGGAGGGGGGUCGAUGAGGAUGCGCACAUACCCGGGGAGGGUGAGCUCUGGGACAGGGUGGUGGUGGGCGAGCGACAGCAGCAGCAGCAGGAUGUGGGGGGGAUUAUUUGGGACGGCAGCCGGGAGAGGAGGAAGGAAAGUGAGGGCAUUGUUUGGGACGGGGAGGGACAGAGGCAAAUUAUGUUACAGUGCGCUGACGUUCAUGAAGAUAGUUUGAUCAAGGUAGAAGGUAGAGCUGAAGGACAGCAUUAUGAGUAGCAAUAAAAAAGGUUUUAUACGAGAAUACUGAAGGACUUAAUAAGCUGAUGUUAUAAAUAUUUGAAAUGAUAUAAGUUAUCAUGUGUUAGUCACAUUCAACUAAUAGCUACUUUAUAUCAGGGAGUAUGAUUUUAAUAGAGCACAAACAUUUCUUUUACCACUAAAUAUUUUAUAACUUUUGGAUUUUGUCAUACGUUGAUGCAUUUUCAUGCUUUAGAGACUUGAUUGUACAUAAUAUAUGAGAAGAUUCCCAUAAUGUCUCCGCUGUGUUUAUAUGCAUCUUGUUGAAGGAGUAUUACAGAAAUUAUUCGGUUAACUAGAAGUUUCAGAGCAUUGUCAAAACGUCACGGGUGGAGUGGAAAAGUGAAAGUCACAGCUGAAGGAACGUCAACUACUAAACACUUCACAAACACACCAUCCCCACUGUGGAGCAUUGUGGUUGCAGCAUCAUGCUGUGGGGAUGCUUCUCAGCAGCAGGCCCUGAACAACUUGUUGAAGUACAGGGUAAAAUCGACACCGUAAAACUUAUUGUAGUUUAAGUUGCUCAUAGAAUUGUUUUAUAAGCAACGACAGCAACCACAUUAAAUUACAUAAUUUUAGUCUGGAUCUCAAAACAAGAGUAUUUAUUUUUUGCCGUCACUAGGGGAUUUUAGAAGGAAACGUCCCAGACAUCGCUUCUCUUUUAGUUUCUUGUCUUAUCAGUGGCAACAGGAAGGACAUCAGGUGAAACUGAACUCAUGUUACCUUUGUGCUUCUUCCUGCAGUGGCCUGUGUCGGCUUGUAAAGAAAAGAUCUAAGUCUGUCCAGGAGUUAGCUUUUUCCUGUACCACUCGAUUUCAUUUGUUAUCCUUGCAUUUCUUCCCACGUUUUUAGAUCAAAUGUACCUCUAUACAUUCACUGCCACUACUACUGAGCGCAUUAUCUUAAUUUAUCAAAAAAAAAAGUGUUUGGAAUAACUUUAAUAAAAAAAUUUUAAAAAAGA